GGCCGCUCGGCCUCGCCCCCCGGGACCGGCGGCCCAGCCCCUCCGGCCUCCGUCCGCGCCAGAAAAGGCCCGGGCGGCGACCGCUCCCCGCUCGGAUCGUCCCGGGCCGUCGGCCGGGAGGGGAUCCCAGCCCCCAGCAGGCAGCCUCUUCCCACGCCUGGCUUCUCACUUCCGCCCGCAGGACCCCCGCCGCCCGGCUCCGGCUUUCGCGGAGAGUAGGAGGUGGCGGGCCUCGGCGGCGGGCCUCGGGAAGGCGCGUCCCCGCGGCCGCCCCCGCGCGCCGGGCGCCGCGACCCUGCCGCCCGCCGGAUCUGCGGCGAUGCUCCCCGCGCGCGGGAGGCGGGAUGAAGCCGGUUGCCUUUUCUUCCAAGGCGCCUUACCAGCGUGAAGGGAAAAGGAAAAGAAACGGGCGUGGGAGGAAAGGGAUGAAAUAAGUCGGGGUCCGGGAGUCAAAAAGACAUCACAUCUGGGAUCGCCAGUCCUGUCGAGUCCGGCAUCGUGUCCCGGGGCGGCCGAGGCACACGGGCCGUCUCUGAGCGUGUAGGUGGCACCUCGAGCUGACUCUUCGGAAUGGUCAUCGCGUAGGAGCCAUCUUGCAGGAAGAAGGGCCAGCCAGAUGGUAGCAGGUUCUGCAGGUCUCGGCGCACGGGGUGCCCCCGCUAGAAAGGGCUGGGAAGCGGAGGAGCUUGUAUUUGCUGCUGGGGCCUGUUCUCUUCAUGCGAUUAAAAGAAAGAAGUACAACUCAACUAGAUAAAGUUAGACCACGUGCCUUCUUUUAAAUAUUUUCUAACAGCCAUCGCAUUCCCAAUUUCAGUUUGGUUGGACUAGCCAUCACGGAAUGUUACCUCUGGGCAAAAGGUCUGGCCGCUUUUGCUCAUAUUUGCCUGCAGAGGUGGCUUUUCUCGCCACCCUCUUAGCCCUCCCUUACCCCUGCGCCUGCAGUCUGAGGACUUCAUAAGGAAGGACACUUCUUCCGCAUCUUCUUACACCGAACAUUGCAAAUAGAAAGCUCACCCCAAGUAAUAAGGAUCUUGUGCCGCUCAUGAGCUAUGAAUUAAUCCUCAAAAGGGGGAGUAGGCGGCAAUUGUUAGGUUACCUUUGAGUACAAGAAGGGACAGUAUUGGGAGGGAGGUGUGUGUGUGUGUGUGUGUUCACCCUUAUCUUAACCAAAAACCGCUUGGAAACUUUCUCAGACCAGAGACUGAGAAUCAAAUAGUAGUCCUCUACUUGGGGAGAGAAUAUGUAUUUGGACUUUUUUUUUUUUUUAACAAGUUUUAGCUUUCUUCAUGAAUGACAAGUUGUUAAAUAGUAACUGCUUCAUAAGUACAUUGCCCGGUAUUUCAAACAAAAGAUACCUCCUACAAAGCUAAUGAACAUUUUAUGUUCGGAAGGGGAAGGGUUAAAAAACAGAGAAGAAAGUCAUGUAAAACAUGAAAUUCUUUCAACACAUUGUUCGGUUCCAUUUGCACUUCUUCCUGUGUAAUGACCAGCUUCACAGUGAGGUGUUGUCAUCCCUUAUUUUCUUUAUAAUACACCAUGAACAAGAAACUAAAAUUUUGAAGACAUAGAAAAAAAAUUCUAGUAGAGUCUGGCCUCCCUGGGAAGAGUGAAGGAAACAAAGAUGGACCUAUGACUUGCCUCUUUCAAGAUUUUUUCUUGGAUCCUGGGAAAGACGUCUAGCUUUCACCUUGUUUCACCUGGCCUUUAAAUCCUUACUGAUAAAAUUCAGUUCUCACCUGGCCCUUUCACACUUCUGUUCUCAGUGAGCAUGUAGUGGAGACAUCUAAGGUUCUUUGGGGGAAACCUCUCUUCCCUCUUUCCUCUGAACAGAUGAAACAGUCAGAUUGCUUGCAGAAAGAAUAAAAGCAGAGGAAAGAAUCUACGUCUUCCAAAGGCUAAAGGACAGAGUAUUGAAAUGGCCUGGAAAGUGCUCAGCAUCAACAGCAGCAAGUCAAAUGUUCACCUGGGGUGCAACUGGGAAGAAACAAAAGAAAAAUCAACGUGCAGUCAAAGAGCCGCUUCAUUUUUCUAGAAAGUGACCCUUCACAGAGUUCCAAGGGAGCCUUCUCCCUUAGCAACAGCCCUGAAGUUCCAGAAGCCAUUCUAAACCCUGAUGGUCAGCUUCAGCGUCUGUCUGGUCAUCAGACUUACUGCCGAGUCUUCGUCCCAGGGAAAUGCAUGUGGUGGUCGUGGCAGCAGACGUGAUUUUGCUCUUAAGCAUGGGGUGGACCUCGGACUCUCUCUGCUCACCCGCUGUGUUUUACAGAGACUGCUGGAUCCGACGCUUCCCAGGUCUCCUAAUCGACCUGGAGGAGUCUCAGAAGCUGGGGGCCCAGUUCUUGAAGUAUUAUUCCGAAAGCACUGGUCAGAAGUGCAGUCGGAGCUGCUGUCUUAGGAAGGAUGUUUCCUGUAACUUGGCUGUCUUCUUCCACGAUCCUGUUCAUGGCGAUGUCAACUGCCUCCAUAUUCACUGCCCAACCCUGGAGAGCUGCAUAUUGGAGCCCGGAACCAGCGCCAUUUUAUACAACAUAACAGACGGUGUAGAUCCAGAUUUGCUGGUUUUUGAACAAUCACUGCCCACAUAUCUAAAUACCCGUUAUUCAUCUAACAUACGGGAGAGACUAAGGAUUCUAAAAGCUAUGUAUUUAGAUAAACAACAAACGACCAUGACAAACCAAAUGCUACCAUCAGUAGAGGCUCCAUCUUCAACCACAUAUCAAGCUUUGUUUGCAACCACAAAUAAUACUAAGUAUUCCAAGGAAUUAACCACAGACUCUCGGGCAAGAUUCAUUUCUCUGAAGGACUCCAUUACCACAAACGUAAAUAUGGUGGCAGCCAGUACCGAGUUCAUCAACAAUCCAGAUAACAAGACUAUUUCUCCUUUCUUUGUGCCUAUGGACACAAAACUUUCUCAUAUGCCUAUUCCAUCCCAACUCAACAGUAGCAAACAAUUACUGAACAAAACCAAAGGGUACAACAGCAGAAACCGUACAUCUGAGAAUGAAGACACAACGCCUGAUGGAGCACCUGUGACUUCCAAGACGUGGUUGGCUCCUGUGGUCCUCUGCACCUCUGUCAUCUUUCUCUGCUGUUGUGUAGUCAUCCUGGCAUCUGGAUGCUGCCGAAAGCACCAGGGCCAGUAUAAACCAGGACAGAGAAAGUCAGGAUCCAAGCAAAUUAAAAAAUGUACCAUUCUGAAGGAGCGCUCUUAAUGGUAAAAGAUGUGAGCAUUGUAAGCUUUUAAGAGUAUCAUUUUUAGUUUUCUGUAAGACGAGGGCAGUUCGGUUAAAAAUAAUAAAUAAAAAGCACAGA